CUCGCGGACUACAUUUCCCGGCGUGCCCCGCGCGCGGAGGGCUCGCCGCGAUGGAGGCGCCGCUGCAGCGGCACCGAGCGCGGUACAAGAGCCCCGGCGGGCCGCCCUGGAGGGAGACCUACCGCACGCGCUGCCUGGAGCGGCUGAGGAGCAGCCGGGCCAAGCUGCUGGAGCGGUACCGCCGGGCCGGGGAUGGGGCCCGCCCCGGGCCGGCCCCGGGCGCGCUGCUGGUGCAGGAGGUGAUGGAGCAGGAGUGGCGGGAGCUGCGGGACAGCCUGCCCGGCCCGCGGGGACAGGAGCCGCUGGAGCAGAAGCUGGAGGACCCCGAUGAGCUGGCAGUGCUGGAGGAGAUCCAGCAAGAAUUGAUCUUGCAAGAGCAGUUGGUGAUUGAGGAGUACGAGCGGAGCCUGAGGUUUGAUGAGGAGUGUCUCAAUGCCAUGCUGGAGGGCCUGGAUGCCACUGACAGGAUCAUCUGCCCCGUGUGCAGGAAGAAUAACCUGACUGUGAAGACUCACAUGGUUUGUUGCCAGUGUGGAUUGUACAUCAGCACACAGGAUAUGACAGAAGGGAAGCUUCGGUCACUCCUGGAAAGCACUGUGACAGAGCACAGUCAGAGGUGCUUCCACAGCCCAGAGUUCACAGUGACCAGAGGCAUGGAGGAGGAAACCAGUCUUCUCAUGAGCUGUCCGGUCUGUGACUCCUGGACAAUUCUCCUCUAAGUUGAUUCAGCUGCUGCUUUACUUCUGGAGGGACUUCAAUACUAAAAUCCACACAGAGCUGCUAAGGAUUGUUGUGUAUAUACUUGUACCUGCUGUGUCAGAGAGACACUUUUAAAGGCAGUAGUAUUGCCUUGACCUGCACUUUUAAUGGCACAUUUAUUUUGAAAUAAAUAUAUUUAGUUUA